AUGUUCUACUCAACUUCCGCGGGCGUACUGGCCCUAGUGACUGCACAGCUCUUCACCAGUGUCUCGGCCAACCUGAAGACCUGCACCAACAACAAUACCCUGAGCUGUCAUAGCUCCUCCAAGGCCCCAACCUGCUGCUACAACUAUCCUGGGGGCGCCCUCCUCCAAACCCAAUUCUGGGACACUAACCCGUCCACUGGGCCUUCCGACUCCUGGACCAUCCACGGCCUGUGGCCUGACAACUGCGAUGGCACGUACCAAUCCAACUGUGACUCGUCGCGAGCCUACACCAACAUCACCGAGAUUCUAAAGGAGCAGGGUCGCUCUUCUCUGCUGUCCUACAUGGACGAGUACUGGGUUGACAUUAACGGCGACAACGAGUCCUUCUGGGAGCACGAGUGGAGCAAACACGGCACCUGUAUCAACACAAUUGAUCCCACCUGCUACACUAACUACUCGGCGCAGGAGGAAGUCGGUGAUUUCUUCGAGAAAGUAGUGGACUUGUUCAAGUCUCUGGACACAUACCAGGCCCUCGCUGCGGCAGGAAUCACCCCUUCAAGCUCCAAGACCUACACUUUGAGCGCCAUCGAGGCCGCCCUGAGUAAGCUGCACGGUGGCUCGCAGGCCUACGUCGGCUGCGAAAGCGGUUCUUUGAACGAGGUUUGGUACUUCUUCAAUGUCCGUGGCAAUGCCAUUGAUGGCCUGUAUGAGGCGACUGCACCACGCAAGUCUUCUCCCAUCUCCCUGACUUGGGCACAGCUGACUGUUCCAUAG